GUGCGAGCAAUUUGUAACGGGUGGACGCGAGAAAUAUUGGAAAAUACCUGAACAGUGGACUUAUUUUCGAUCAAUAUUCACAGGUCUUUUCGUGCCACCACAUUUCGAAAGUUUAAAGUGAAUUUUUCAGUUUCGGAGGAAGGAAUAAAAUGUGAAAAAUUAAAUUUAGCAGACACCGCAACUUUAGCGCUGGUUCGCGAAGUUGACGUUACCGUAUUUAUUAUUGUGAAUGUAUUUAAUUGAUUUGAAAUGAAAAACAAUUUAUUUAUCUUAUUCAUUCUGUGUUUGAUUAGACUGGAAAAGGACUUGACAUUUGGACAAACAUGUAACUGUACAGCAAACGAAUGCCAGUCACAAUGUUCGGCUGGAACAUUUUUUGAGGGAUCAGGCAGUGGUUGUACAACAUGCCCUUCUGGAUACUAUUGUGCUGGAACCUCAGGUGGACCUAAGACGCCAUGUGCUGCCGGCACCUACUAUUCUGGCACAGGUGCAACCUCCUCCGGUGAUUGUGUGAGCUGUGGAGCAAACACAUUCAGUACUGGAGGAGCAGCGGCCUGUACGAUAUGUCCAGCAGGUUACAGUUGUACCAGUACAUCACAGACAGCUUGUUCUAGUGGUGAAUAUUCUCUAGCGGGUGAAACUUCCUGUACAACUUGCCCAACAGGAAAGGUUUGCUCAUCAACCACUACUGCACCACAGAACUGUAAUUCCGGGGAGGAACCAAAUGGAGCUCAAACUGCUUGCAGCACUUGUACAUCAGGAUCUUACAGCACAGAUGGUACAUCAUGUACGACAUGUCCUAAAGGCCAUAAAUGUCCAACCAGUGGAAUGGCCAAUCCAACAGAAUGUCCUGACGGGGAGGUACAGACGAGUACAGGUCAAGCGUCAUGUUCUCAGUGCUCAGCAGGAAAAGAUUGUUCUGACAAAACAACAGAGACAGACUGUGCCGCAGGGACUUUCAGUGCCGCAGGAUCGAAAUCUUGUACAGCCUGCGCUACAGGAUUUUAUAGUGAAUCAGGGGCAGAAAGUUGUACAGAAUGUCCAGGAGGAAAAGACUGUUCUAAUUCUUCAGCACUCAUUAAUUGUGCAGCAGGAACAUACAGCCCAGCAGGAACUCUAACCUGCCUGUCUUGUGCUGCUGGUGAAUAUAGUGGAGAGAUGGCAUCUGCUUGUACACAAUGUGAAGCUGGUAAGAAUUGCUCAGAUCCUGCUACAACACCAACCGAUUGUGCAGCUGGGACAGAAAGUGCUUUGGGUGUGGCUUCCUGUACAGCUUGUCAGAGUGGUUUCUACAGCAUAGCUGGGUCAGGCUCAUGUACUCAAUGUCCUGCUGGUAAGAAUUGUGCAUCGUCUGCUGUGACAAGUGGAACUUUACCACCUGACUGUCCCGCUAACACAUACAGUCUUGCUGGAAAUGCUGGGUGUACAAGUUGUAAUGUUGGUGAUUAUAGUUCUAUUGGGCAGUCCUCUUGUUCAACAUGUGCUGGUGGUUCUGAUUGUUCUGAUACAUCAAAUAUAACACCAUGUGCAGCUGGAACAUUCAGUCCUGCAGGAGAAGUUAACUGCUCUACAUGUUCCCAAGGUCAUUACAGUAAAUCUGGUGCUGAAACCUGUACAAUAUGUCCAGCAGGAAGUGACUGCUCUAAUCCAGCUGUUACAGGGGCCAAUCCACCAGAGUGUAUUGCUGGCACAUACAGUGAAGAGGGAUGGGCAGAAUGUGUCACAUGUCCAUCUGGUUACUAUGCAUCUUCUCAAGGUGCAACUGCCUGCUUGAAAUGUUCUGGUGGGUUUAAUUGUUCAGAUCCAGCAGCAACACCAACAUCUUGUCCUGAAGGUACUUUUAGUGCUGAGGGUGAUAGUGAAUGCACAAAUUGUCAACAAGGUUUCUACACUACAUCUGGCUCAUCAAUUUGCAUAAUUUGUCCAGGAGGGAAAGAUUGUUCUAAUUCUUCAGCACUCAUUAAUUGUGCAGCAGGAACAUACAGCCCAGCAGGAACUCUAACCUGCCUGUCUUGUGCUGCUGGUGAAUAUAGUGGAGAGAUGGCAUCUGCUUGUACACAAUGUGAAGCUGGUAAGAAUUGCUCGGAUCCUGCUACAACACCAACCUAUUGUGCAGCUGGGACAGAAAGUGCUUUAGGUGUGGCUUCCUGUACAGCUUGUCAGAGUGGUUUCUACAGCACAGCUGGGUCUGUUUCAUGUACUCAAUGUCCUGCUGGUAAGAAUUGUGCAUCGUCUGCUGUGACAAGUGGAACUUUACCACCAGACUGUCCAGCUAACACAUACAGUCUUGCUGGAAAUGCUGGCUGUACAAGUUGUAAUGUUGGUGAUUAUAGUUCUAUUGGGCAGUCCUCUUGUACCACAUGUGCUGGAGGUUCUGAUUGUUCUGAUACAUCAAAUAUAACACCUUGUGCAGCUGGAACAUUCAGUCCUGCAGGAGAAGUUAACUGCUCUACAUGUUCCCAAGGUCAUUACAGUAAAUCUGGUGCUGAAACCUGUACAAUAUGUCCAGCAGGAAGUGACUGCUCUAAUCCAGCCGUUACAGGGGCCAAUCCACCAGAGUGUAUAGCUGGUACAUACAGUGAAGAGGGAUGGGCAGGAUGUGUCACAUGUCCGUCUGGUUACUAUGCAUCUUCUCAAGGUGCAACUGCCUGCUUGAAAUGUUCUGGUGGGUUUAAUUGUUCAGAUCCAGCAGCAACACCAACAUCUUGUCCUGAAGGAACUUUUAGUGCUGAGGGUGAUAGUGAGUGUACAAAUUGUUUACAAGGUUUCUACACUAAUACAGCUGGCUCAUCAAUUUGCACAAUUUGUCCAGCAGGAAAGGACUGUUCUAAUCAGGCUGUUAUUCCAACCAAUUGUUCAGCUGGAUCAUACAGCUUACAAGGCUGGUUUGGUUGUGUAAUUUGUUCUGAUGGAACAUUUAGUAAUACAGAAGGGUCAGAUAGUUGUUCUGAAUGCCCAGGAGGAAAAGAUUGUUCAGAUCCUGCAAUAGAACCAACAGAUUGUAAUGCAGGAACAUUCAGUGCACCUGGUGUUAGAACUUGCAGUAAUUGUGCAGAUGGUUACUAUAGUGAUUCAGCAGGGUCAUCAAACUGCACAAUUUGCCCUGGAGGUAAGGAUUGUACCAAUAAAGCUGUAACACCAACAAACUGUCCUGAAGGAACUUUUAGUGCUGAGGGUGACAGUGAAUGCACAAAUUGUCAACAAGGUUUCUACACUACAUCUGGCUCAUCAAUUUGCACAAUUUGUCCCGCAGGAAAAGACUGUUCUAAUUCUUCAGCACUCAUUAAUUGUGCAGCAGGAACAUACAGCCCAGCAGGAACUCUAACCUGCCUGUCUUGUGCUGCUGGUGAAUAUAGUGGAGAGAUGGCAUCUGCUUGUACACAAUGUGAAGCUGGUAAGAAUUGCUCAGACCCUUCUACAACACCAACUGAUUGUGCAGCUGGGACAGAAAGUGCUUUAGGUGUGGCUUCCUGUACAGCUUGUCAGAGUGGUUUCUACAGCAUAGCUGGGUCUGCUUCAUGUACUCAAUGUCCUGCUGGUAAGAAUUGUGCAUUGUCUGCUGUGACAAGUGGAACUUUACCACCAGACUGUCCAGCUAACACAUACAGUCUUGCUGGAAAUGCUGGCUGUACAAGUUGUAAUGUUGGUGACUAUAGUUCUAUUGGGCAGUCCUCUUGUACCACAUGUGCUGGUGGUUCUGAUUGUUCUGAUACAUCAAAUAUAACACCAUGUGCAGCUGGAACAUUCAGUCCUGCAGGUGAAGUUAACUGCUCUACAUGUUCCCAAGGUCAUUACAGUAAAUCUGGUGCUGAAACCUGUACAAUAUGUCCAGCAGGAAGUGACUGCUCUAAUCCAGCUGUUACAGGGGCCAAUCCACCAGAGUGUAUAGCUGGUACAUACAGUGAAGAGGGAUGGGCAGGAUGUGUCACAUGUCCAUCUGGUUACUAUGCAUCUUCUCAAGGUGCAACUGCCUGCUUGAAAUGUUCUGGUGGGUUUAAUUGUUCAGAUCCAGCAGCAACACCAACAUCUUGUCCUGAAGGAACUUUUAGUGCUGAGGGUGAUAGUGAGUGUACAAAUUGUCUACAAGGUUUCUACACUAAUACAGCUGGCUCAUCAAUUUGCACAAUUUGUCCAGCAGGAAAGGACUGUUCUAAUCAGGCUGUUAUUCCAACCAAUUGUUCAGCUGGAUCAUACAGCUUACAAGGCUGGUUUGGUUGUGUAAUUUGUUCAGAUGGAACAUUUAGUAAUACAGAAGGGUCAGAGAGUUGUUCUGAAUGCCCAGGAGGAAAAGAUUGUUCAGAUCCUGCAAUAGAACCAACAGAUUGUAAUGCAGGAACAUUCAGUGCACCUGGUGUAAGUGCUUGCAGUAAUUGUGCAGAUGGUUACUAUAGUGAUUCAGCAGGGUCAUCAAACUGCACAAUUUGCCCAGGAGGUAAGGAUUGUACCAAUAAAGCUGUAACACCAACAAACUGUCCUGAAGGAACUUUUAGUGCUGAAGGUGUAAGUGAGUGCACAAAUUGUCAACAAGGUUUCUACACUGAUACAACUGGCUCAUCAAUUUGCACAAUUUGUCCAGCAGGAAAGGACUGUUCUAAUCAGGCUGUUACUCCAACCAAUUGUUCAGCUGGAUCAUACAGCUUACAAGGCUGGUUUGGUUGUGUAAUUUGUUCAGAUGGAACAUAUAGUAAUACAGAAGGGUCAGAGAGUUGUUCUGAAUGCCCAGGAGGAAAAGAUUGUUCAGAUCCUGCAAUAGAACCAACAGAUUGUAAUGCAGGAACAUUCAGUGCACCUGGUGUAAGUGCUUGCAGUAAUUGUGCAGAUGGUUACUAUAGUGAUUCAGCAGGGUCAUCAAACUGUACAAUUUGCCCAGGAGGUAAGGAUUGUACCAAUAAAGCAAUAACACCAACAAACUGUCCAGGGGGAACAUUCAGUGCUGAGGGCAGCUCUAGCUGUGCCUUUUGUGCUCAAGGGUAUUAUAGUCUUGAAGCAGCAUCAACCUGUAUAAUAUGUCCAAGAGGGAGUGACUGUUCUGACAAUUCUGUGACACCAACCAAUUGUUCAGCAGGAACAUUCAGUACAGAAGGGUCAUACAAUUGUUCAGCAUGCCCCACAGGAUGGUAUAGUGUUGAAGGCUCUGAUAGUUGUACCCCGUGUGAAGCAGGUAAGGAAUGUUCCGAUCCUGCUGCUCCAACAUUAUGUAAUGCUGGUUACUAUAGUGAACUUUACUCAAUCACCUGUGACCCAUGUCCAGCAGGACACUACAGCACAUCAGGACAAGGAUCAUGUACUAUUUGCUCUGCAGGUAAAGAUUGCACCAGUGCUGCUGGAACUCCACCAGAUUGUUCUGCAGGCAUGUAUAGUGAGGAGGGUGAUAAUGGAUGCACUAACUGUUUAUCAGGUUAUUAUAGCACUGCUGGAAGUGCAAACUGUAUUAUAUGUCCAGCUGGCAAAGAUUGUACUCUUUCAAAUAUAAUACCAACUGACUGUGCUGCAGGCAAAUAUAGUAAUGAAGGUGAUGCAGGUUGUACAAAUUGUCCAUCAGGAAAGUACAGUAUUGGAGGAAACUCAAGCUGUAGCUUAUGUCCAGCAGGUUAUGAUUGUACAAAUCCAGCUUCUAUUCUAGAAUGUGAUGCAGGAAAAUUUAGUGCUGAAGGCUCAGCUGACUGUAGUAUUUGCGCACAAGGGACUUUCAGUGCUCAAGGUUCAGGUAGCUGUAGUGCAUGUCCUGCAGGUAAAAAUUGCUCUAAUUCUGCUGUUGCAACAGAUCCUAAUGAUUGUGAUGUAGGUACAUAUAGUGAGGAGGGUUGGUAUGAAUGCAGGACAUGUCCAGAUGGCACAUACAGCGAUACAACAGGAUCAUCUAGUUGCACAUCAUGUGAGUCAGGGAAAAAUUGCUCUGACAAGGCAAGUACACCAACUGACUGUCCAGCUGGCACUUACAGUGCACUAGGAUAUUCAGAGUGUACAUCAUGUUUAAAUGGAUAUUACAGUGCUGCUGCUGCAGGAAGUUGCACAGCUUGUGAAGCAGGCAAGAAUUGCACAGAUAAAAUUACUCCUGUAAAUUGUCCAGUGAAUACAUACAGUGAGGAAGGCUGGACAGGAUGUACUUAUUGUUUACCAGGAAGCUAUAGUAAUGAAGGAUCUGGAAGUUGUACAAAAUGUCCAGCUGGUAAAGACUGUUCAGAUUUGGUACUUGGAAUUACUGAUUGUGCUGGAGGAACAUAUAGUUUAGAGGGACAGUUUGGAUGUACUGUUUGUCCAGAAGGACAAUAUAGCCCGGCUGGGGCAGAAACUUGUUCUGAUUGCCCUGGAGGAAAAGAUUGUACAGACCCAAGUGUCCAAACUGACUGCCCUGCUGGAACAUUUGGUCCGUCGGGUGUUUCUAACUGCUCUACUUGUGGUCUUGGUUAUUACAGUACUGCAGGGUCAGAUAUUUGUACUAUAUGUCCGGCUGGCAAGAAUUGUGCUGAUCCAGCUGCAACCACAGUUCCUGAUGACUGUCCAAUCGGUACCUACAGUAAUACCGGAGACCAUACCUGUAUAAACUGCCCAUCUGGUUCUACAAGUGCGGCCGGCUCAACAUCUUGCACCACAUGCGGUGCUGGUUUAGAUUGUAGCACAGCUACCAAUCCUGUUAACUGUUCAGCCGGAACAUUUAGUCCAGAAAAUAAUGUUGGUUGCUCAAUCUGUCCAGUUGGUCACUAUAGUGAGGAAGGUGCUUCGUCAUGUAAACUUUGCCUACCGGGAAAGAACUGUUCAGAUCCAACAGCUGUGACUGAUUGUCCAAGUGGGUUUUACAGUGUCCUCGGUCAAGCAGACUGCACAAGUUGCAGUCCAGGACAUUACUCAACGGCUGGUCAGACGAGUUGUACACAGUGUACAGCAGGUUAUUCUUGCACAACAACGACUCAGUCACAGUGUGGAACAGGUUCAUACAGCAGUGCGGGUUCAACUUCCUGUACAACAUGCCCAGCAGGUCAUGAAUGUUCCUCUGUAACAACCGGAACCCCGACAGAAUGUACCGCCGGAACUUACGCAGCUGCUGGAGCCGCAUCUUGCUCCCCUUGUGGUAAAGGUUUCAAGUGUCCAAAUAACGGCAUGGAUUCACAAAUUGCAUGUACAACAGGGCAGUACCAGCCAUCUACUGGUCAAACAACAUGUAUUGACUGUCCAGCAGGUCAAGAAUGUACAAGCGUAAGUGCUGCAGCCGCGGACUGUCCGGCAGGUAAGUACAGUCCUGCAGGUGUUGACACAUGUAUCACAUGUCCAGCAGGGGAGUAUACAUCAUCUGCUCAACAAGCCAGCUGUACACAAUGUCCUGCCGGAUCAGAAUGUACAACAACUGCUGCAUCCCUUUGUCCUGCUGGAGAAUACAGUUCUGCUGGACAGACACAGUGUACCCAAUGUGGUCCGGGGACAUACAAGGCUAACACAGGCACCGGCACAUGUUCACCAUGUGACGCAGGUUUUGAAUGCCCAACAACAGCAGCAAAGAGUGCAUGUUCAAGUGGUUACUAUUCACUGGGGGGUCUUGAGAGCUGCCUACCGUGUCCGGCUGGUCAUGAAUGUUCAGACUCUGCAGUGGCUCCUGUAGAAUGUAGUGCUGGUACCUAUGCUACUAAUACAAGUACAGUGUGUAGUGAUUGUGAUGCAGGGUACAAAUGUCCGUCUGCUGGUCUAGGUGAACAGAUACCAUGUCCAACUGGGUAUUAUCAGACGUCAACAGGCCAAUCGACAUGUACACAGUGUGGUCAAGGUGAAAAGUGUACAGACAGUACAGCAUCUCCCACCCAAUGUGCUGAAGGAACAUAUCAAGAUGAUUAUGGACAAGACUCAUGUAUUGAUUGUCCAUCUGGUUAUUAUGCAGAUUCAACCGGGUCAGUCACAUGUACUAUAUGUCCAGCCGGUUCACAGUGCUCGGACCCAACAGUCGCUCCCGUAGCUUGUCCAACUGGAGAUUUCUCUGCCCAAGGGAGCACAGCGUGUACGUCAUGUCCCGCAGGUCACACUUGUAGUGGAAGUACUGCCACCCCAUGUGCUGCUGGUACAUAUGUAGACAACAAUGUUUGUGUAGCUUGUCAAGCAGGGAACGAGUGCUCAGAUCCGACCAUUGGCAUGGUAGUAUGUGCAGACGGGAAAUACCAGACAGCCACUGGUCAGUCAUCUUGUGAUGAUUGUCCAGCUGGUCAGAAAUGUACGAGUAAAAGUGGAGCAGCAGUUGACUGUGAUGCUGGUUAUUUCAGUCCACUAGGUGUCAGCACUUGCACGCAAUGCCCUGAUGGUUACUAUAGUGCAGCCAAAGCUUCUACAUGUUCACAAUGUCCAGCUGGUCAGAAAUGUUUUGAUGGGUCCAACUAUAUAAAUCCUACAAAUUGUGACGCUGGCUAUUACAGUUUACUGGGUGAUUCAUCGUGCACAGCUUGUGCUGCAGGUACAACAAGUACUUCAGGUUCCAGUUCUUGUACACUAUGUCCAGCAGGAUUCCAGUGUAAUGACCCUACAUCUGCUGUUGCUUGUUCUAAUGGAUUCUACAGUCUAGAAGGAAAUACAAUUGCAUGUACAGAAUGCCCUGCUGGUUAUUCAUGUGCCACGACGUCUGCUGCACCAGCAAUAUGUGCUUCAGGAACAUAUUCUACGGUCCAGUCACAAUCAUGUACUGCCUGUCCUACUGGACAGUCAUGUAUUGACCCUUCAGAAGCACCUGUCAACUGUGACACUGGCUACUACAGCCCAUCUGGAACAGCAACUUGUUCAGCAUGUCCAGCAGGGAAAGAGUGCACUUCAGAUCCAGAUAGUCCAACAGCAUGCAGCAGUGGAGAGUACAGUCUUUCAGGAGUGAGUGAUUGUACUGUAUGUCCAGCAGGUAGCAUGUGUCCGUACACUACAUCCAGUCCUAUAGCUUGCUCCUCUGGUCAGACAACAGGUGGAAAUACUGGACAGACAUCAUGUACCGAUUGUACAGCUGGUAAUGCAUGUCCUGAUCCAAGUCUUGCUGAGCAAGCUUGUACACCAGGCCAGUAUGCACUUGCGAAGGCAACAACUUGUACAACAUGUCCAUCAGGGUAUAAAUGUGUAACAACUAGUGCAGCACCUGUUCUUUGUGGUGCAGGAGAGUAUUCUACAAGCGGUCAGACCACAUGUCAAACAUGUGCUGCAGGGGCCUCAUGUACUAUCACAGGGACUGUCAGAACUUGUAGCUUAGGUUAUUAUGCAGCUUCCGGAACUGGUAAAUGUACACGAUGUCCUGCAGGACAGUAUUGUCCUAAUCCUGCAAAUGCUCCAAUAGACUGUGAUCCAGGACAAUAUUCUUACAUGGGCUCAACUUCAUGUACAGAUUGUGAACCAGGCUGGGAAUGUCCAAAUCUGGAUGGUACAGGCAGAACUCCAUGUCUUGCUGGCUUUUAUGCAGUUGGUAAGGCAGAUGAUUGUACUCAAUGUCCAGCAGGUAGUGCAUGCCCAGAUGUAAACCAUGCUACAGUAAUAACAUGUCUUGCUGGAUCAUACGCUGUGGCAGGCAGUACUCAGUGUACAGAAUGUCCACCUGGUUAUGAGUGCCCAUCAACAACAGCAGCAACACAAACAGAAUGUGCCGAAGGUUUCUACAGCCCGGGAGGGCUUGAUGCAUGUGUUGAAUGUCCAGCAGGUUAUGAAUGUCCUACAAUUUAUGAUGACACAGUCAUACAGUGCGAGCGUGGCUUUUAUUCCGAGGCAGGUGCCAAAUAUUGUACCGAGUGUGAAGCUGGAAAAGAAUGUCCUAAUAAUAAUGCUCAAGGUACUAACUGUAACACUGGCUACUACAGCUUGGGUGGCCUUAUUGCUUGUAGACAAUGCCCUGCAGGUUACUCAUGUGCUGAUUCCUCAAUUGACCCUGUCAUAUGCCCUGAAGGUCAGUUUAGUGCCGCAGGUGCAACAGCAUGCUCAAAUUGUAUAGCUGGGUAUGCAUGUCCAGAGGGAAGUACACAAAAUAAUCCACCCAGUGCAAAGUGUUCAAUGGGAUACUAUUGCACUGAUGGCAAGACUGAAACACCUUGCCCUGCUGGUAAAUAUGGUGAUGCUUUGGGUUAUUCAGCUGACACUGAAUGUAAGGAUUGCAUACAAGGAUUUUAUUGUCCUGAAGGAACUGCAGGCCAACCAACAAAUGAGCUGCUAUGUCAUAAAGGUUAUUACUGCCCAACCGGCACGGAUACAUACAAGUCAAAUCCCUGCUUAGCUGGAACAUACAACAACAUGCUUGGAGCAACAAGUAGUACAGCUUGUCUAAACUGUCCUGCCGGUAGACAUUGUCCUUCAGGAACAGACAAUCCUGAUUUUGAUGCUUAUAAAUGUCCAAAGGGCUCCUACUGUCCGGCACAAUCUGGUGCACCAACUCCCUGCCCAACUGGAAAAUACACUGAAGCUGAAAAUAGUGUAGCAGAAAGUAACUGCAAGAGUUGUCCAACAGGAUACUAUUGCCCAUCCGGGACAGCUUCACCACUUGCUUGCCCUGCCGGAACCUAUAACCCAGACAUUGAGAAAGGAAAUAUCACAGACUGUCAGGAUUGUUUGGCAGGAUUUGCUUGCACUAAAACCGGACUGGCUGAGGCUGAUUCACCAUGUUCACCAGGCUACUACUGUCCAGGUGCAAAUCAUGCCUAUAAUCAAGCAGAAUAUGCCUGUCCUGCUGGCAAGUUUACAGAUUUCACAAAUCUGACUCAUGUUGAGCAAUGUCAAGAUUGUCCCCAGAAAUUUGCUUGUACUGGAGGAACAGGAGGUCAACAGAAAGCUCCAGAAGCUUGUGGUCAAGGAUACUACUGUCCAACUGGGACUGGGUCACCAACACAAUUCCCAUGUCCUGCUGGAACAUAUGCCAACUUGACAAACCUGUACAAAGUGGAACAGUGUACAGAAUGUCCACGAGGUUACUACUGUUUAGAAGGGUCAUCUUCCCCAUCAGGGAUAUGUGCUGCUGGUCAUUAUUGUCCAGAUGGUACAAGAUAUGAUACUGAGUUCCCGUGUCAUGCUGGAUCAUAUAGUCAGUUCACUGGAAACACCGGUUGGGAAGAUUGUAGUGAUUGUACCACAGGGCACUACUGCCCUCAGGGAUCUGUAAACCCAACAGAUUGUCCAGCUGGAACUUUUCGUGCAUCAACCAAGGGAGAGAAUCUGACAAGUUGUGAUUUCUGUACAGCGGGUUAUCACUGUCCUACGGCAGCAAUGACCACUCCUUUAGUGUGUGAAAAAGGAAACUUUUCAGAUACAGGGGCCACAGAAUGUACAACAUGUGACCCAGGUAGAUACUGUAACUCUAAUGCCACGUCUGAAACAUUUAUGAACUCAGAUCUCAUCUGUCCAGCAGGAACAGAAUGUCCAGGUGGAAUGUCCUAUCAGCCAGAUUUAGUCAGUGAUCCCUGUCGCCAAGGUUACUAUUGUCCAAAAGGUGACGUGAACCCGUUUCCAGUGCCUUGCCCAAUUGGAACAUUCAACAGCAAGUAUGGUUUACAACAGGUAUCAGAAUGUGAAUCAUGUACAGCAGGAUAUUACUGUGAUGUUGAAGGUUUGACAUCUGUUGCCGGGGAAUGUCCGGGAGGUUACUAUUGCCCUAGAGGUACUGGAGACAGAUAUUCCUUCCCUUGCUCUAUAGGAUUUUAUCGUAACGGGUCAGCUAAAGAAUCUUUCUCAGAUUGUGCUGAAUGUACUGCCGGAUUUUACUGUGAUGUUGAAGGUCUCGCUACUCCUAAAGAUUGCCCCAGAGGAUUUUUCUGUGUAACUGGAAGUACAUCUUACGUACCCUGCCCACUUGGUCACUAUGGUAACACAACAAAUCUCCGACGUGACACAGAUUGCACACCAUGUCCUGGAGGAUACUAUUGUGAUGGAAUAGGAUUGACAACACCUACAGAUGUUUGUGAUGCUGGGUUUUAUUGUAUUGAGAAGGCUUAUACAUCUGCCCCACCAGAUGGUUUGACUGGAGGUCUGUGUCCAGCUGGUGGUUACUGUCCUGCAGGUUCGGCUACACCAUCACCAUGUGAUGUUGGUUACUAUAGCAACUAUGCUGGUGCCAAGACCAAGUACGACUGUAUACCAUGUGAUCCUGGCUAUUUCUGUGCUGGUUCCAGUAGUGUGAAUGCAACACAAGAAUGUUCUCCCGGCUACUACUGUACAGGAGGAGCUGGUGUCCCAACUCAGCAUGAGACAGAGUCUGGUUAUUAUACAGCAUCUGGAGCAUUUAAACAAGAACCGUGUCCACCCGGAACAUACCAACCAGCCAGAUUAUCAGAAUCUUGUCUUGACUGCCCGCAAGGUUAUUACUGUAGUGGAAUAGCAAACAGUAAUAGAACUAUCUGUCCUCAAGGCUCUUACUGCCCACUAAGGAGUGAGGAACCUACACCAUGCCCUCCAGGAACAUACCAAGUUGAUGAAGGUGAAUAUGACGAAGCUUUACAUUGCGACGAUUGUACGGUUGGCUGGGCUUGUGAAACAGACGGCUUGAUUGCACCUAAUGUACUGUGUGACCCAGGACAUUAUUGUUCUAAUGGUUCAAGUACUAGAACACCAAUAGGACAAACAUUUGGAGACUUGUGUCCUCCCGGCUUCUACUGUCCAGAAGGGACAUCUGUGUAUCAACAUUUCCCAUGUCCGAAUGGUACUUACUCUAAUUACUCUGGAAACAGUCAUGAAGAUAACUGUACAUUAUGUGAUGGUGGUCUAGUCUGCAGUGGUGGAGGACUGACAGAACCUAACGGUGUAUGUGCGGCAGGCUGGUAUUGUACUCUGGGAGCAUACACAGACAAACCUGCUGAUGGUGGCGCUACUGGUGAAGUUUGCACAGUCGGACACUACUGCCCAGAAGGAACAGCUGCACCAAUAGCAUGUGCUGCAGGCUCAUAUAUGAAUGUUACAAAUUCGGAUGCCUGUUUUGAUUGUCCGCCAGGAUUCUUCUGCUAUGGUGAUGCCAAUGUUCACAAAUGUGAUCGUGGACAUUAUUGCCCCGGUAAUACAUCAUGGGCCGGUCAAGUGAAAUGUCCAGUAGGAACUUAUAACCCAGAUAAAGGAAUGGAUGAUGUGAGUGACUGUCGACAGUGUUUGGGUGGAUAUUAUUGUGACACACUUGGUGCCAUUAAUUUUGACUUUACAAAGAAUGACACAGGAACUGGAAUAUGUGACGCCGGCUAUUAUUGUAAAUCAGGUGUAAGCAUUGCCACUCCUACCCCAGCGACAUCAACGGGUGAUGGCGGACCGUGUCCAGCAGGUUUUUACUGUGAAGCACAGACAGAAGAUCCGACACCUUGUCCCACAUCAACGUAUCGUGACAUCACUGGAGGAGUUGAUGUAUCUUCCUGUUACACAUGCACAUUGGGCAAUUACUGCGGCUCAGAAAAUCUCACCAAUCCUUCUGGACCAUGUGACCCAGGAUUCUUUUGUUUACUGGGUAGUGACACUCCUACUCCAACAGGGUCAGAUACAUCUAUUGGAGGUCCUUGUCCUAUCAGCCACUACUGUCCGACCGGAACAUCUUCCCCCUACGCUUGUGAGGCUGGAACUUACAACAACAUAACCCAGCAAGAGACGUGCUUCACAUGCCAUGCCGGAUAUUACUGCCCGGACAAUACAACAUUUUACCAAGAUUACCCAUGCCCUACUGGCCAUUACUGUCCUAGUGGUACAAAUAGCAGCACCCAAUACCCAUGUCCAUUAGGUACAUAUAGACCAGAUGAAAUGGGAACUCAAGUGUCAGACUGUCUUCCAUGUCCAUGUGGGAAAUAUUGCGGUAAUAUUGGCCUCAGUGCACCUACAGGCGACUGUGACGCAGGUUAUUUCUGUCUGCAGUCAGCGGAGAGUGCCACACCUACUGAUGGUGUCACAGGGGACACAUGCUCGGCGGGAAAUCUAUGUGCCAUAGGAUCAUGUAAUGAAACAGCUUGUACCGAGGGAUUCUAUUGUGCUUCAACAGGACUAUCUGUAGUAACUGGGCCAUGUGAUGCAGGGUAUUAUUGUAAUGCUGGGUCAAAUCGUGCUGAUCCAACAGAUGGCAUUAUGGGUGAUCGCUGCCCUGAAGGAAGAUACUGCAGUUCUGGUUCUACUAGUAAUCAAGCAAGAUGUCCUGCUGGAACAUUCUCUAACAAGACAGGAAACAGUCUGUCCAGUGAUUGUGAUGCCUGUACACAGGGAUUCUACUGCCAGGACUUAGGCCUUACAGAACCAAAUGGUCCAUGCGAUCCAGGAUAUUAUUGUCCAACUGGAUCAAGUUCAAGCACGGAACAACUAUGUCCCGCAGGUCAUUAUUGUGAUGGUGGUAAUCAUGUGGGUGUUUAUUGUGAAUCUGGAACAUACCAGGACGAGACAGGACAAUCCUCAUGUAAAAUAUGCCCAUCUGGUUACUAUUGUGAUGUGGCAAAUGCACCUAUAACUGACUAUACAACGUAUGUUUGUCCGCUUGGUUACUACUGUCCCAAUGGCACAGAGUUCUCAACACAACAUGGAUGUCCUAAAGGAACAUAUGGUACAAGCACACAACUAGAGUCAUCAAGUCAAUGUACAGAUUGUGAUCCUGGAAAAUACUGUGGUAGUGUGGGAAUGACAGUAAUUACAGAUGACUGUACAGCUGGGUAUUGGUGUAUAAGUGGAUCAUCAUUACCGGAACCUUUUGAUGGUGUUACUGGAAAAGCUUGUCCCGAAGGUCAUUAUUGUGACACUGGAACAACUACACCAUCACAAUGUCCAGUUGGAACAAUGUCAAACAGCACUGGACUAUCUAGUUCUGGUCAUUGUUCUCCUUGCAAAGGUGGAUAUUAUUGUGCAACCACUGGGCUUUCUGAACCAACGGGACCAUGUAAUGCAGGCUACUACUGCGACUCUGGUGCUACAACAGCAACACCAAAUGAUAAUGGAGUCACUGGUGAUGAGUGCACAAUAGGCCAUUACUGUCCACAAGGCACAGAUGUUCCAAUCCAGUGUCCUGUAGGCAAAUUCAUGCAAACAACCCAGGCAUCUGUAUGCAUAGAUUGUACAGCAGGUUAUUAUUGUGUUGAUGGUCUAAAUCUGAUUGACUGUCCACAAGGAUAUUAUUGUCCAACCGGUACUGGAAAUGUAACCAACAUGUGCCCGGCUGGAACAUAUGGUGCAAGCACAAACCUUGCAGCAGUAGGGGACUGCACACAAUGCCCCGGAGGAUCAUAUUGCGACAUACCAGGUCUAACCACACAUGCUGGUAACUGUAGUGCUGGAUAUUUUUGCACAUCUGGUUCAGAUUCCCAGACUCCAACCGGAGCAGUUGGCACAGCAGGAGAAUGCCCUGCAGGUCACUAUUGUGGCGUUGGAACUGUUAACGCUGUGCCAUGUUCAGCUGGAACAUACAGUAAUACAACCGGACUUACCAGUCAGGCAGAUUGUACACAAUGUGAUGUGGGUAAAUAUUGUGGAACAUCCGGUUUAGAGGCUCCAACAGGUGAUUGUGAUCCCGGUUUCUAUUGUCUAGAUGGUGCCAGUGUUCCAAACAAUCCAACAGCAGGUUCAACUGGAGGUCCUUGUCCAAUUGGUCACUACUGUCCAUCAGGAACAAGCUUUCCACUUGGAUGUGAACCAGGCACUUACAGUUCAAGUGAAGGAGCAGCAGUGUGUACAGAAUGCCCAGAAGGAUAUUUCUGUAUGGUUAAUGCCACUGAUUUUACCAGUAACCCAUGUCCAGCUGGAUAUUAUUGUCCAAAUGGUACAUUAUACAGCACUCAGUACCCAUGUGACAUAGGCUAUUACAACCCUGACACUGGUAAAAAGAGCAUUGAUGAUUGUCUCCCUUGCCCACCAGGAAAGUAUUGUGGAUCUUCCGGGCUUAAUGCUGUAUCUGGAGAUUGUGACCCAGGGUAUUAUUGCAUUCUGGGAGCUUGGUUAAGUCAACCAACAGAAAUUGGUAAUUAUUCGGCACCGGACUGCUUCUGUCCAAAUAACCAAACUGGUGGCCAAUGUACGGCUGGAAACUUUUGUCCUGCUGGGUCCAAUGAGCCAACACCUUGUACGGGAGGUCAUUACUGUGACAGUAAUGGACUUGGUGUAGAAUCAGGAGAAUGUUAUGCUGGCUACUUUUGUACAUCUGGUGCCUCAGUUCCAAAUCCUACAGAUGGCGUAACAGGAGACAUUUGUCCUAUGGGACAUUACUGUCCUAAUGGAACAACCACAGCCCAACAAUGCUCCACUGGUUACUAUAGCAACGUUACUGGAAAUACAGAUGUUACUGACUGUGAACAGUGUACACCAGGAUAUUACUGCAGUUCCCCCGGUCUAGCUGAACCAACCGGAACUUGUGGGUCUGGAUAUUAUUGUCCAGCUGGUCAGACUGCAAGACGACCAUCAGCCUAUCAGUGUACACCUGGACAUUUCUGUGUAGCUGGAAGCUCAGAAGAAGUUGCCUGCCCAUCUGGAGAAUACCAAGAUCUGUUUGGACAGACAUCAUGCAAAACUUGCCCUGUUGGUUAUUAUUGUGAUGGCACAGUACAGAACUCGAGUGUGUGCUCACAUGGUGUACAGAAUCCCGAAUCUUGUCCUAGUGGCCACUACUGUCCUACAGGUACCAAGUUUGCCACAGAAUAUCCUUGUCCUAAUGGAACAUACAACCCAGAUACAAACAAAGAGCAGUUAUCAGACUGUAUACAAUGUACAGCAGGCUCAUACUGUGGCACUGAAGGAUUAUCAGCUCCUACAGGACUUUGUGCAGCAGGGUAUUAUUGUAUAGGUAGCGCUGUCAUUGAAAACCCAACAGACGGAACAACUGGUGAUAUUUGCCCUGCUGGAUCCUACUGUGUCUCUGGUUCAAGUUACUUUACAGAAUGUCCAAAGGGAACAUACAACCCAUCAACGGCUGUCGGAUCAGAAGCUAACUGUACUGAUUGUGAUCCAGGAACCUAUUGUUCUAGCACUGGACUAACUGCACCUACAGCAAAUUGUAGUGGUGGUUAUUAUUGUAUAAGUAGAGCGGAGAAAAGUCGCCCCGAGGAUGGUGUAACAGGAAAUGUCUGUCCAAUAGGUCAUUAUUGUCCAGUUGGUACUGGUCCUAAUGCUUUACAAUGCCCACCUGGAGAAUUUAACAGUAUUGCCAGUCAAACUUCAUGUUUUAUAUGCACAGCUGGUAAAUAUUGUUUAGAUGGCAUAAAUCAAUUAGAUUGUCCACAAGGUUUCUACUGUCCAUCAGGAACAGGCACAGUCUGGCAGGUGUGUCCACAAGGUACAUAUGGUAACAAUGUAGGGUUUUCUCUAGAAUCUCAGUGUACACAAUGUGAUGGUGGCCAGUAUUGCAGUUUUACCAACUUGACAGCACCAGUUGGCCCUUGUGAUGCAGGAUACUUUUGUAGAUCUGGAUCUGAUACAAAUCAACCAACAAACUCAUCUGUGGGCGAUGCUGGUCCAUGUCCAGAAGGUCACUAUUGUGAAAGUGGUACACAAGAACCAACGCCUUGUCCCCUUGGUACUUUCAGCAACCAGACAAUGUUAAAGGCAGCCUCAGAAUGCUAUGACUGUACCCCUGGUUACUACUGUGAUACCACAGGUCUGACAGAACCGGUUGGACUGUGUACAGAAGGAUUUUACUGCAGUGGUGGUUCAAACUCUUCUAGCCCUCCAGUAACGUCAUCAACAGGGGGUCCGUGCCCGAUUGGUAAAUAUUGUCUCAAUGGAACAAGUACACCUAAAGACUGUCCUGCUGGUACCUUCAAUGAUGUAGAUCAGCAGUCCUCAUGUAAAGAUUGUCCUGCAGGAUAUUACUGUGAAGCAGGAGCCACAACUAAUUCAGAAUGCCCCAGAGGAUAUUAUUGUCCCGCAAACACUGAGUUUGCCCACCAGUAUGCCUGUAAUAAUGGUACAUACAAUGGAAAUACAAGAGCUACCAGUGAUGCUGGCUGUACUAUAUGUCCAGCUGGCCAAUAUUGUCCUUCACAUGGGUUAUCUGCCCCUGCUGGGGAUUGUGCUGGUGGGUGGUACUGUUAUGCAGGCUCCUGGACAGAUAAACCAAGUAUUCUUGGUAAUGAUACCGGAUCUGACUGCUACUGUCCCGCUCAAACUAUUGGCGGGAAAUGUUUAGCGGGAAAUUUCUGCCCUAAUGGAUCCUCCAGUCAAUCUCCUUGUACUGGAGGUUAUUAUUGUGAAACAGAUGAAUUGAUAGCUGUAACCGGACCAUGCAUGGCGGGAUACUUCUGCAGUGGAAGUUCUACAAUGCUAAACCCAGUAAAUGAAACAUUUGGAGACAUUUGUCCAAAAGGUCACUACUGUACGGAGGCCAGUCCGGCAGCAACACCUUGUCCUGAGGGAACAUUUAGUGAUGCUUUUGGUAAUGAAAAUUUAACCAACUGUUUACCAUGUACAGCAGGUCAAUAUUGCUCUGGAACUGGACGAGAUUUACCCAAUGGUAACUGUAGUGUUGGUUGGUUCUGUCCAGCUGGAAGCACUCAGCCACAACCAACUGGUAAUGAAUGUUUGGCAGGACAUGAAUGUCCUGAGGGAAGUGGAGAUGAAACACCAUGUGCAUCAGGAUAUUAUCAACCUAAUGUAGGGGAGGGGGUUUGCUUGAUAUGUCCAGAUGGUAAAUAUUGUGACCAAAAUGAAGCAAUAUCUGAGCAACAAAGUGGAGUUGGGGAGGCAUCACAUGGUGUUGUAACACCAAAAGAUUGCCCAGCCGGAUAUUACUGUCCUGAAGGAACGCAAACAGCUGUAGAAAACCCAUGUCCUAUCGGAACAUACAGUAACAGUACUGGACUCAAAAACUCUUCACAAUGUACACAGUGUGACCCAGGAUAUUAUUGUGAAACAGCAAAUAUUAAUGAACCAACUGGUCAGUGUUUCGCUGGCUUUUACUGCCCAAUUGGAUCAAGUUCACCUAAUGCAAGUGAAUGUGUUCAAGGUACAUAUUGUGAAGUUGGAUCACCUAUACCAGUAAAUUGUCCUAAAGGAAUGUAUGGGUCAUCAUCACAACUUACAGCUCUAUCAGAUUGUACAUUCUGCCCACCUGGUGAAUACUGUGACUCACCUGGAUUAAUGGCUCCGUCAGGUAACUGUCUACCUGGAUUCUACUGCAGCAAUGCUUCAGAAGAAGCAAGUCCUGUUGGAAGUGCCUAUGGUGAUGAAUGCCCAGUUGGUUCUUACUGUGAGGAAGCAAGUCACGAACCAAGAGCAUGUCCAGCUGGUACAUAUCAACCAUUUACAAGGAGGACCAAUGCUACUGCAUGUUUAGACUGUGAUCCAGGCUCAUAUUGUAAUGCUACUGGUCAAUCAGCUGUCACAGGAGAUUGUCUUGAAGGUUAUUACUGUAUUUUGUCAUCUACAAACAAUGCCCCUACUGAUGGUAUAAUGGGAGACAUUUGUCCUAUCGGCUCAUAUUGUCCUACUGGCUCAACAACACACAUUUUCUGUCCUAAUGGAACAUACAGCAAUCAUACUGGAGCAGCCGUGUGCUAUGUCUGUCCGGAAGGUUUCUAUUGCACAAAUCGUGACAAUGCGGAACAAUGUCCAGCAGGAUAUUUCUGUCCAGAAGGUACUGGUGCGGACAUUCAGCCAUGCCCCGCAGGAACUUACAGUCCAGUGCUCGGGCUGAUCAGACAGUCUCAAUGUACACAAUGUGAUGGUGGGAAAUAUUGUCAGAUACCUGGACUGUCUGAAGUAUCUGGAAAUUGUAGUGCAGGAUAUUAUUGUGAAUCAGGAGUUGACACAGCCACACCAUCAAGUGCUGUCAACAACACGGGUAUAGGAGAUGAAUGUCCUAUGGGAUUCUAUUGUCCGGAGGGUACAACUACACCAUUAUCUUGUGUUGCAGGAACAUACAGUGACUCAUUAGGUCAAGCGUCAUGUUUGACUUGUCCAGCCGGCUAUUACUGUGCUGAGAACACAACAUCAUACCUGCUAUAUCCAUGCCCUGCAGGCUUCUAUUGCCCCAGUGGUACCACACACUCCACACAGUUCCCAUGUUCCAAGGGCUACUACAAUCCCACCACAGGAAUGGAUGAUAUCACAGAUUGUCUGGACUGUCCCCCGGGUUAUUACUGUGAAUAUGAUGGUUUGUCAACACCAAGUGGUAAUUGUACCGGAGGUUGGUACUGUACCGGAACUUCAUACCAGUCUAUGCCCGUUGACCCAUCAAAUUCAACUGACCCAUCAAUGUGCUCAUGUCCAGCUGGUAACUACACCGGUGGUAAUUGUUGGCCGGGAACAUAUUGUCCACCUGGUACCAACUACCCAGUACAGUGUGAUGGAGGAUAUUACUGUAGUCAAUAUGGAUUAACUUCCCCUGAAGGACUUUGUGAUCCUGGUUAUUAUUGCUUGAGCGGGGCAACCACUCCUAAUGACACUUUGUGUACUGCCAAUCAUUAUUGUGAACAAGGAUCAACCACGCCCACACCAUGUCCUCCAGGAUCAUUCUCAUUUAGUACUGGAAAUAUUGAUUUAGCCAAUUGUGACCAGUGUACACCAGGAUAUUACUGCUCUAGUACCGGUAUAACAGGACCAUGUGAUCCAGGAUUUUACUGUCCAGCUGGUCAAAGUUCAGCUACACCAGCUAAUCACACCUGUCCGGCAGGUCAUUAUUGUCCAGGUGGGGAAGGUCUACCAAGGCAGUGUGCUGAUGGAAGCUACCAGGAUGCAACAGGACAAACCUCAUGCAAAGAUUGUCCUGUUGGAACGUAUUGUAACUCUGUAGAGGCUACAGCAGAUUUUGGUUCAGCUACUGGUACCAUUACACCAAAGGAUUGUCCAACUGGAUUUUACUGUCUUGUGAACACAAGUUCCUCUGGUGAUUAUCCUUGCCCGUCUGGAACUUUCAACAAUCUCACGGGACUACAAACAGAGGCAGAGUGUCAGAACUGUUCCAGUGGCUCUUACUGUGGAAGCACAGGUUUAUCAAACCCAACUGGUCUGUGUACAAUGGGAUAUGUUUGUCUGGCUGGAUCUGACACGGCUACACCGACCAAUGGCAUCAAUGGAUACAUUUGCCCUGCUGGUUCCUACUGUCCUCAGGGCUCAACUAUAGAAACAUUUUGUCCAGCCGGGACUUUCUCAAAUAGUACAGGACUUCAGGCAGAAUCGGACUGUACACCUUGUACUGCUGGCUACUAUUGUUCAUCAACAGGACUGACUGAGCCAUCAGGUCCUUGUGAUGCUGGUCACUAUUGCAACAGUAGCGCUAUACUUCAAAACCCAACAAGUGAAUUAUAUGGAGAUAUAUGUCCAGAUGGCCAUUACUGUCCGUCGGGUACCGGAACUCCGGUGCCAUGUCCAGCAGGAACCUACCUUUCAACUACAGGAGGCAUGACAGCUAGUGACUGUACAAACUGUCCAGCUGGAAGGUAUUGUGGAUCUGCCGGUCUUAGCAAUUAUACAGGUGCAUGUUCGUCUGGUUACUACUGUACGGCACAGGCUAACACAAGUACACCAACAGAUGGAUUAACCGGAGAUAUAUGUCCAGCUGGCCAUUAUUGUCCAACCGGAAGUACCGCACCAAGACCAUGUGAAGAUGGUACGUUCAUGAACGUUACUGGAGCCGACAGUUGUGACGUCUGCUUGCCGAGAUAUUACUGUGUUAAUCAGGACCGUAUGGAUGAAUGUCCGACUGGUGCAUUCUGUCCUGGUGCGAACGGAUACAACUACUCUCUUUGUCCUGCUGGAACAUUCAAUAAUGUCACCAUGUUAGAGAUGGAAUCCGAAUGUCAGCAAUGUAUCGGAGGAAGUUACUGCGCUACUCCCGGUCUCCCAGCGCCAACCGGUGAAUGUGCUGCAGGAUACUUCUGUGAACUAGGUGUAGACACAAUAGCUCCGGAAAAUAACAAUACUGGAACUGGAGGGCCAUGUCCUAUUGGUCAUUAUUGUCCGAUUGGUACAACAAAUCCAAAACCGUGUCCUGCUGGAAGAUAUGGUGAUGAAAUGAGAUUGAGCUUGUGCAAGUCAUGUCCUGCGGGCUACUACUGUGUGGCAAGUUCAGAUAACUACACUAGUACACCUUGUCCAAAAGGAUCUUACUGCCCCCUGGAGACAGAGUACAGUACCCAAUACCUAUGUCCUGCAGGAACCUACAACAAUGUCACUGGAGCAGAUGACAUAUUUGACUGCCGCUCAUGUACAGCUGGGAAAUACUGUGACCUUGAUGGGUUGUCAGAGCCUGUAGAUGAUUGCACAGCCGGCUGGUAUUGUGCUGGUGGAGCAUUUAGUUCAAAUCCCAUUGAGUACAACUCCUCUGUUCCAAGUUUUACUGUAAACAUGUCGUGUCCCACUUAUCUCACUAACUUUACAGGGGGACCUUGUGUUGCUGGCAACUAUUGUCCCACUGGAUCAUCAGCUCAGAUCCCAUGCCCAGCAGGCCAGUAUUGUGGUACAGACAAUCUAGCAUGGCCAACAGGAAACUGUUCAGCUGGAUCUUACUGUAGUGGAGGUGACAUUGUGCCAAACCCAACACCUUGCAGUGUAGGUCAUUAUUGCCCAGAGGGAACACCUACAGAAAUACUGUGUUCACCAGGAACAUUCAAUAAUGUAACUGGUGGUCAGAGUGUAGUUGAUUGUCAGGAAUGUACACCAGGAUCUUAUUGUCAAUCUUACGGAUUAUCCACACCAAGUGGCCUUUGUAGCAUCGGUUACUACUGCCCAGGGGGUCAAGAUUCGUCCACACCUAGUUUAUAUGCAUGUUCACCUGGACAUUUCUGUUAUGAAGGAAGUCACAACCAAACUGGUUGCCCAUCUGGGGACUACCAGCCUCAUUGGGGUCAAGGAGACUGUGAUCCAUGUCCUGAAGGCUCAUAUUGUAAAGCAUUUGGUGAUUACAUGGACUUAGAUGCAGAUAAUAUAACAACAAGUGGAAAUUAUUCUGGACUUUACCGAAGUUACCGAGGUGUAGAUGUACCGACAAUCUGUCCAGAGGGUUCAUACUGUCCUCUAAACACCAAACAUGGUGUAGAAUAUUUGUGCCCUGAAGGCACAUACAGUAAUGUGACAGGACUGUGGCAGUCAAGCCAGUGUGCUCCAUGUGAACCAGGAUCAUAUUGUGCUGGUGAAGGAAACACACAACCAUCUGGCCUAUGUGAAGCUGGAUAUUACUGCACAUUAGGAGCUUACAAUGCAACACCUUCUGAUGGUUCAACUGGUGAUAUUUGUCCAGUAGGUAAAUACUGUGUUCAAGGUAGCAUAACUGGAACUGGAUGUCCAGUGGGAACUUUCAAUAAUGUGACUGGACUGAAGGCUGAUACUGAAUGUACUGAUUGUACAGGAGGAUUUUAUUGUGGAAGUGUUGGACUAACUUCUGAAUCUGGAACUUGCUGGGCAGGUCAUUACUGCUCGUUAGCUUCAAUAGUACCAAACCCUGUAGCACAGUCAUAUGGAGAUUUAUGCACAGCAGGACAUUACUGCCCGAAUGGCACUGCCACACCAUACCAAUGUCCAGCUGGAACCUUCUUAAACACCACUGGUAUAGGAGAUAUAGCAGACUGUACACCCUGCUCUCCAGGGUCAUAUUGUGAGACUCUAGGACUGGUUUCCCCGACUGGACAAUGUAAUGCAGGUUAUUAUUGUACCCUGAGUGCCAACAACAGCUCACCUACCGAUGGUAUUACUGGAGAUAUUUGUCCCGAGGGUCAUUAUUGUGAGAUUGGUUCAGAUGACCCGACCCCGUGCUCUAAUGGAACAUACAUGAACACUACAGGUGCAUCUGCUUGUCUGAUAUGCCCAGAAGGCUUUUACUGUGUUAACCGGGAUAGAGCUGACAUCUGUCCACAGGGCAACUACUGUCCAACAGGAACUGGGGCUGAUGUACAACUAUGUCCAGCAGGAACAUUUGGAAAUGCUACAGGAUUAUAUGAGCAAUCUCAGUGCACUGACUGUACAGGUGGAUAUUUCUGUGCCACUCCCGGUAAUGCUGCCCCAGAUGGUGUAUGCACAGCAGGUCACUACUGUACUGUAGGGGUUGACACAGCUACACCAUUAACUAGUGGGUCUCACACUGGAACAGGAGGUCAAUGCUCAGCUGGUAACUAUUGUCCAACAAACUCAGCUACAGAAACCCCAUGCCCUGCUGGAACAUAUGCUAUUAAUGCAGGUCAAGCAAUGUGUGACCCAUGUCCUGGUGGCUAUUACUGUGAGUCCGGUACUGCAGACUACAGUCCAUUUCCAUGCCAGUCAGGGUACUAUUGUCCUGAAGGUACUGAAUACACUGACCAGUAUCCAUGUCCAUCAGGAACUUACAACCCAGAUAUGAACACAAAUAAUGAAACUGCCUGUAAGCUGUGUGACCCAGGAAAGUAUUGUAAUGGAGCCGCCCUGGAUUCUGUGUCAGCAGACUGUGCCCCGGGAUAUUACUGCACAGGAGGAGCAUCUGAUCCACGUCCCACAGCCAGUGGCAAUUAUUCAACAGUUGAUUUGUGUGAGUGCACAGACCAGAAUUUCACAGGAGGAAGAUGCCAGCCUGGUAGUUAUUGUCCUCUUGCAUCUGGAGCGCCACUAGAAUGUACACCCGGUCAAUACUGCGAAACAUAUGAACUUUCCACUCCUACAGGUAACUGUGAUGCCGGUUAUUUCUGUCCCGGCGGAGACAUACAACCUGACCCUCCAGCAACCAUCUGUACUGUCGGCCAUUAUUGUCCUGCCGGUUCACCCUCACCAACGCCGUGCCCUGCUGGUACCUACUCCAACUCCACUCAACUUACACAGGAGUCAGACUGCCAGAACUGUACAGCAGGGUAUUACUGUGUGUCACCAGGACUAAUUGACGUUGCAGGUCCAUGCCUGGCAGGUUAUUAUUGCCCAGGAGGCCAAUCUGUGCAGGAUCCAGUAGAAUAUCCAUGUCCACUUGGAAUGUACUGUCCAGAAGGUACUGCAGUACCAUUCAUGUGUGAAAACGGCACUUACCAAGAUCAGCUUGGACAAUCUUCCUGUAAAACAUGUCCAUCAAGAAAAUACUGUGACCCAUAUGAACUGGGUGUAGGAAAUAACGAUACUGGAAUUAUCCUUCCAUUAUCAUGUCCAGUUGGUCACUAUUGUCCACUUGGAACUGGACCUAAAAACAGUUACCCAUGCUUGCCAGGAACCUACAGUAAUGAUAUUGAAUUGGAGGCAGACAAUGAAUGUUUUGGCUGUACAAAUCAGUAUUAUUGCCAGUCAUAUGGUCUGACAGCCCCCGAGGGUUUGUGCGCCCCGGGUUACUUCUGCAACACUGGGGCAUCAACCCCAACACCCACAGAUGGGGUAACAGGAGAUAUCUGUCCACAGGGCCAAUAUUGCGAGGAGGGAACAUUUAUACCCACUGACUGCCCAAUAGGAACAUACAGUAACUUGACCGGACUGGCCAAUGCAAGUCAGUGUAUACCAUGUGAUCCUGGUAAAUACUGCCCAACUCUUGGUUUGAUUGAGCCCCAUGCUGACUGUACUGCUGGACAUUACUGCGAGCUCGGAUCAACAGAACCCGCUCCUGUAGGACAGACAUAUGGAUACGAAUGCAUCAUCGGUCACUAUUGUGAACAGGGUGCUAAAUCUCCAACACCGUGUCCUAAAGGAACUUACAAUCCUGAUAUAGGGAAACAAGCUGUAUCAGAUUGUAUUGACUGUCCUGGUGGAAAGUAUUGUCUCACUACAGGAAGUAGUAAUAUCACAAAUGACUGUGAUCCAGGAUACUACUGUAUUGGUGCAGCAUUUGAAAGCAAUCCUACUGACAAUGUAACUGGAAAUAUUUGUCCAGUGGGCUACUAUUGUCCACUUGGUUCAUCCACAUACACAAUCUGUGACCCAGGCACAUACACAAACACCACUGGUCAAGCAAUAUGUCAUAUCUGCCCGGCGGGCUUGCAGUGUACAGGAGGAGAUGUUGCUGAUCCAUGUCCACAAGGCCAGUACUGUCCUGAAGGCACUGGACUAGCUACUCAACCUUGUCCUGUUGGUACAUAUGGAGCAACGACUGGUCUAGCUAACUAUACAGACUGUACAGAAUGUACCUCUGGCUUCUACUGUGAAACAACAGGUUUACAGUCACCAACAGGUGUCUGUGAUCCUGGCCAUUAUUGUGUACAAGGAGUCAAUUUGAAGGUCCCGGCAUCUAAUAUUGUUAAUACUGGCACUGGGGAUAUUUGUCCAGCUGGAUUUCAAUGUCCCAGUAACUCUGCCUUCUACAGCCCUUGUGUACCAGGAAAAUACUCACCUGGAGAAGGUUAUGACAGUUGUUUAGACUGUCCUCAGGGAUAUUACUGUGUGAAUGCUACGGUGACACCUGUCACAUGUCCGUCUGGUCACUAUUGUCCAGUUGGUACAACAGCAGAUAAUGAGUUCCCGUGUCCUGCUGGAACUUACAACAACGUAACAGGCUCGACCAAUGAUACAGAUUGUAUUGAAUGCCCACCAGGGUAUUAUUGUGAAGGAACAGGAAAUAUUGUUCCAGAUGGUCUCUGUCAGGAAGGAUUCUGGUGUGCUGGUGGUGCUUCAAGUGCUCGACCCUACGACCCUGGCAAUGCAGUGUCUACUGGCGGAAAUGCUACAGCUUUGUAUUCCAAUGAUACAUGUGCACCACAGUGGGAUUGUCUGUGUACAAGUUUCCUCAUGACCACAGGUGGAAUCUGUCCGAUGGGUUACUACUGUCCCGAGGGUUCAACCAAACCGAUUGAUUGUGACCCCGGGAAAUACUGCGAGACACCUGGUCUUGCUCUUCCCACAGGAAACUGUACAGCCGGAUUUUACUGCACCAACACAAGUACGACACCACAGCAGACGGUAUGUCCGGUGGGUUAUUAUUGUCUGGAAGGUGAACAACCAACGGAAUGUCCCGCAGGAACAUUCUCUAACAAUGAACAGAACCAACAAGAAUCAGACUGCACUAACUGCACGGCAGGAUACUAUUGUAAUGGAACCGGUUUGACAGCUCCUAAUGGUGAAUGCUCACAAGGAUUUUACUGUCCAGGAGGUCAAAGUGCACUGACACCAUCAGGUCUAGAUUGUUGGGCGGGUCAUUAUUGUGAACAAGGAUCCAUCAUCCCCACUUUCUGCCCUAACGGAACUUACCAGCCAAAUAGCGGUCAAUCAGCAUGUUUAGAUUGUCCACCAGGUUUCUAUUGUAACCUCGCAUUAGGGGAUGGUACUUAUUGCGAUGGGCAACAAGUUACAGAACCAACCAACUGUACCAUGGGAUAUUACUGUAGUGGAGCCACUAGCAUUCCAACACCAUGUCCUGUUGGUACAUAUGGACACGCCCUCAACUACAUUACAGCUAGUGACUGUCAACCUUGUACACCGGGAAUGUACUGCGAGACUGAAGGACUUAUAUCUCCAACCGGAAAUUGUAGUGCCGGUUUCUUCUGUACCGGAUCAGCUGAGGAAGCUUCUCCCUCCAAUCACAAUGUUGAUACAUCUAAUAAUUCAUCAUUUACUGGGAAUGACAUUUGUCCGCUGGGAUAUUUCUGUCCGGAAGGUUCCGACUAUCCACAACCUUGCCCAAUCAGCACGUUCUCGCGCAGCACUGGUGUACAGGAAGUCAGCGGUUGCCUGCCAUGUUUGCCCGGUCACUACUGCAACGUUCUUGCAAACAUUAAAAACUCAACAAUGCCAAUCUGUGAUCCUGGGUAUGUUUGUCUCGAGGGAAGCUCAACACCAAACCCCACAGACAAUGUUACAGGAUACAUUUGCCCUCGAGGAUUUUUCUGUGAGGCUGGUACCACACAGGAAGAGUCAUGUCCAGUUGGAACAUAUCAAUCAAGUUUAGGGCAAGAUAAUUGCACAACAUGUCCAGCAGGAUUUAUGUGCCUGGAAAGUAAUAUGACUGCCCCUGAUGUCUGCAUGACAGGACAUUACUGUGUGUUUGGAGAUCCGAACCCUGUACCAUGCCCAGCAGGAACAUACAAUAAUGCAACAGGUCAAGAUGAUGUAGAUGAUUGUAUAGAUUGUACAAGAGGAAUGUACUGUGAGGGAACAGGAAAUACCUUACCUGAUGGUGAUUGUGAGGCUGGGUAUUAUUGUGAUGGUGGAGCCAACACGAGUGCACCAAGUCCAUCUGCUGCAUAUCCUGAUAAUGGUGUAUGCCCAACAGGACACUACUGUCCGAAUGGAACCAAGAUGUGGGUCCAAUGUCCAAUAGGAACAUACAGAGCUUCCACAACUGGUCAGUCAGUGGAUGAUUGUCAACCAUGUACGGGAGGAUCGUAUUGUAAUAAUACAGGCUUAUCUGCCCCAUCAGGAAACUGUAGCCGUGGUUACUAUUGUCCUGACAACGAGUCUAUAUCAACGCCAACACCUACAGAAGCUGUCCAGCAAACCCUUAGGGAAUUUUUGGGUUGUUCAAACUUGGAUCUUUCCCCAAACCAAUCAUCUGUCCACCAUACCACUACUGUCUUGACAGUAAGUCUGAUAGCCAAUCAAAUCAUCUGUCCACCAUACCACUACUGUCCUGAAGGAACACUGGUACCACCGAUUUGUCCAAAUGGUACAUACACACAUGACAAUACAACAAAUUUACAGGAAGCAUCUGAAUGUUUGCCGUGUGAGACAUCAUUUUACUGUCGUAGCGGACAGUUAUCAGCACUGUGUGCGGCUGGAUACUACUGCAAGUCCGGUGCUGAGAGCGAUAUUCCAGCUACAACAACAAACUUUACAGCCUGCUCAGCAUACGGAGAAUGUGCUGGACUUUGCCCUGCAGGUUAUUAUUGUGAAGAAGGAACUCUUACUCCAUUCCCUUGUCCAGAAACAACUUUCCGCAAUACAACAGGUGCCGAACAGGUGGGAGACUGCGAUUUCUGUCCUGCAGGAUACAUGUGUGAUAAUGGAACAUCGGAACCUAUGCCAUGUAUAGCCGGUCACUACUGUCCACUUGGUACUGGACUUGAAGCUGUGCCAUGCCCUAUAACAACAUAUUUAGAUACAACUGGUGCGGCAGUAUCUGCAGAUUGUAAACCAUGUGAGAAAGGCUAUAUCUGUAAUGAAACUGGUAUGACUGAUUAUUCAUUAUAUCCAUGUCCAUCCGGAUUUUACUGUAUACGUGGAGAGGAACCUCAUUUGUGUCCGGCAGGCCGUAUGAGAAACGAAACUGGUGCUGGUGACCCUACAGACUGCCCAUUAUGUAGGGCAGGAUAUUAUUGUCCAAAUGAUACAAUAAACAAACAUGGAAUACCAUGCCCAGAGCAGUACUAUUGUGAGGAAGGGUCAGCACUGCCUGUUGAUUGUGAACCAGGUUACUAUUGUCCAGCUGUAACAGGGGUGGCCCCAAUAUGUCCACCUGGUUACUAUUGUCCAGGACUCACAUUAGAUCCUAUAGAAUGUGAGAAGCCAUAUUACUGUCCUGAAGGAAGCAAUAUGACAUUGAUUUGUCCUCUAGGUUAUCAAGCAGUUGAUCAUGCGGGCAUCAGAUAUGACAGUACACUAUCCUGUAGAAUCUGUCCUGCAGGUUCAUAUGGUAAUUACACAGAUCGUUCACUGUGUGAAAGUUGUCCACCAGGUUACUACUGUCCAGCUGGCACAGGUCAUGGAGAUUCUAACCCAUGUAGGGUAGGUUCGUAUUGCCCUCCAGGUUCUUACCAGGAAACAUCUUGUCCAAGAGGAUACUAUGGAACAGUUUCUCUCGCAUCAAGUGUCAGUGAGUGUACAGCUUGUGUUGCAGGCACUUUCAGUAAUUUGGAGUAUGCAACAGAAUGUCAGUCUUGUGGAGGAAGCUCAAGUAGUACAGCAGGAUCAGUAGCGUGUACUUGUAACGGACGAUACAGAUAUUUCCAGGAGACCACUGCAGCAUGUAUUUGUCGGUCUGGAUACGUCUUCUAUGACCAGACAGACACCGUACAAAGUGAACAAGACAGCAGUGAAGACUGUCAACGGAUAUCAUUUGCACGAUGCAGCAGACACCAAACUCGACUUUCUACUACAGGCCAAUGUGUUGAUCCAAGCAGCUAUGAUUGUAGUAAUACAGGGGGAUGCUCUGGGUCAAGCUACUUUAGUCUCGAUUAUGGGAGAUGUUUCUGUGACAGUUAUGUGUCCGAGUCGGUGAUUUGUGACUUAACAUGCCAGGCUACAACGCAACCAACAGUAACAGCAACACUCAAAAGUGAUGGGUCAUUUGUUGUUGGUAUUGCGGAUCCACAGACAGGAAAUACUUCAGAACUGGUAUUACCUAACAUGUUUGGACCAGAUGAAGGUUAUACUGGCACUAAUGCACCAAUUCUUGUUGUAUCAUUCUACGGUGAGGCUGGUGUGGCAGGAACUAUAUUUGAGGAUGCCUCCAGAGCUGAAGAUCUUGCAUUAACUGUGCAAGAACUCUCUGACAAAGCUGUUGCUAAUGGAUUUGUCGGUCGUAGACGUCUUUUCUCGACGCUGACUAUACCAGCUAAUGAAGUAACAAACCCUGUGAUGUGUGUGGAAGUGGGUGAAAUGGUGAUCUUCAAACUUCUCAUCAAUGAUACAGAUCGCACAAAGAGUCAUUAUCCUGUCUACAACAAGAAUCACAUGUUCAGCACGAAUCCUACGUUUGACUUUGGACCAUUUACAUUACUGAAAUAUGAGAUUGAGAACACAAAUGCUAAUAUCACAAACUUUGCAUAUGUCUUUACAGAAGGCGGAAAUUUUGUUUUCUAUGAUGCCCAGGACUCGUCUUUGGAAGUAUUGAUACGGGUGGAACCAACUGGUGUAUCAUGCUCAUCAUCGUCCCGUAUAAAACCAGCUACACCAGCCAACUUACUGGUGCUCGGCUUCUCCCCACAGUCUGUCGAUAACGUAGCUCCAGAUUGGAAUCUUAUCAUAGGAAUGCUUGCUUUCUUUGGAAUACUCAUACUGCUGUUGAUUGUGGCGGUCAUCAUCUGGCUACCAAAGAAUGCCGGACUUUAUCCAAUGUUACACUGGGCACCAAAAUACCGAAGUCUCGGUGCACCUGCACCAGUACCAUACUACAUGAGAUACGAUCCAGACCAGUGGCCACAGAAACCACUGGAGUCAGAUGUUCAUGAAUCACUUGGAGUAAGGUCAGAGGGUGACGGAGAAGGGGCGGACCUAAAAUCAGCACCAGCAUAUGAAACUGGAUCUGUUAAAGCUACAGAAGGGUUGUUGGAAGACUUCAAUGUGCGCGUGUUUUAUGACAAGCUGGAAGAUCAGAAUCUACAUUUGGCAGCACAAUUAGCUCGACAGAAAGAGGACAACCAGGUGUUCUAUAAUAAGAUGCUGGAGCAAGUACAAGGCCUAAGAGAUCUCUUGUUGAACAUGGAUCCUGACAAGUUUGAGGAACUUGAAAGAAAACUAGAGGAACGUGAAGCUCGACUGAAGAGAGAUGGUUUACAAGGGGCGGGAAUGGGUGCAGGACCGACGAUAAUAAACGCAAAUGUUGGCAUUGGAGAUAUGAACAAAUCAAAGUUUUCAGGAGUUGGCUCGCCAUUCUCACGAGAAGAAGAUCUGAUGCUAGCAUUACAGUUACUGCUGGACAGAUUAAACUCUGGACAAGUUCCUAUAAAUAAGUCAGUGUUAGAACAGUUACAGAAGAGCGGUGAAGGUGGUGGUGGUGGAUUAAUGACAGAAACAUAUACAACGAAUAUCACCGGAGGACGGGGCAUGCAGGGUUUAAGCAAAGCUUUUGCUGAACUUUUAAGACGUCAGAAUGGAGAACGACUCCGACUGGAAAAAGAACUUCUCAAGGAAGAGGAAGAAGCUCUGAAAGACCUGGUAGAAGAAGAGGACAAUAAACGUAAACAGAUGUCUGAUGGAAUGGCUGAAAAACUUGUCAGUGAUAUACAAGGUGCAGCCAAUGCUGCCCAGGUAGCCGACAUUAUAAGAGCUUACAGUGAACAACUGGGUAAAGCAAUGAAUCAACAUAGCAGCAGCAAGGAUAGACAGACGAACGAUCUUCAUCGUAAACUUGCUAUGAGACGUAAAGCUCGUGAAGAUGCUCUUAGAGAAAAACAGAGCAGAGAGGCCGAGGAGGCAGGUUUACCAUUACCCCAGGAAAGUGCAGAUAACUCUGAUGUUAAACUGAAGAUGUCUCAAGGUGUGCUGGACACCCUACAAUCUCAAGAGGCCGCUGGUACGGCUAAACUCGAGAUUGACCUUGAAGAUAAUUUUGGAGAUGAGGAACGAAGAAAAUUAUCUGACAGGAUGAAGGAACAUAUUGAUCGUUUGUCAGAACAAGGAGUUAUAACAGCCGAGAUGAAAGACAAACUGUUGAAACAACACCAGGAUACCGAGGCUGCACUUGAGAAAAAACACAAGGACGGUAAACAACAGCAAAUUCGUAACCUUGAAGACAAAAUGGCCUUACUUCGAAAACGUAGAUUUGAUAAGCUGAGGGAUGAACAGGAGAAGUACAAGAAUGAAAGAACAUCGAAAUUGAUUCAAGAUGGCCACAAUGAUGAACUAGAGAAAGAGCUUGAGGUUCUUAAACAACUGUUUGAACAACAAAUGUCUGCUGCCGAGGCUGAAAUGGAUGCAGAAGAGAAUGAGCACAAACAUAAAUUGACAAAGAACCUGAAUGAUGAACAUACGGCAGGUUUGCGGGAAACUCAGCGCCAGAUAAUGAAGGUAGCCAGUGACAGCUGUCCCGCAUCUGAGCAGGUCGCGCUACAGAGAUUGAUGGAUGAAUAUCGUAAAGAACAAGAAGGUCUGUCCCAAGAAUUGAACCUUGAGAAACAGAGACUGCGUAAUGACCUUCAGGCUAAGUUAAAAUCAAGAAGAAGUCGCAGAAUGGCAGAGUCUCUGCGUAAAAUGGAAGAGAUAGAAGCUCAAAGAAUAAUUGCUGAGCAGAGGAAACAAAUGCAGCAACAGGCAGCAAACAAGGGAGACAACCAGAAUGGUGUUGCUACGGAUACAGGGUUGCUGAUAGCUCCUCAAGUCAAUGUUGGUGAAUCAAUGGAAGAAAGAGUACUUAAGAAAUCACAGGAUCAGUUUAAGGACAGCCUACGCAAACAACACAAAGAUUUCUUUGAGAAGACCUCGAAUAAACUUGACCAGGAGGCUCGUGAAGAAGAGAAUGCCCUAAAGAAACAAUUAGACGAGGAACGUAACAAGAUUCUCCGCGAGAAGAAGAACAGACACCAGGCCGAGAUUGACGCUCGACCAGAUCUUAGUCAGAAGGAAAUUGAAGCUAUGAUGUCCCAACACGAGAAGGAAAUGGAAAAUUUGGCCGAGAAACUUGAAAUGGAGAGAGACCGGCAGUUACGUGCUCUUGGUGACUCGUUGUCAAGGCGACGAAAUCGUAAACUUGAGGACCUACAGCGUCGUAAUGACACAGAGUACAUGCGUACAAUGAUUGAUCAGAAAAAAGAGGUUGAAGAAUUGCAUCUUAAGAAAGCCAAGGAGGCGGAACAUAAAGCGAUUAAGGAAGGUAUUAAGGAUAAUGGAGAAGAAGACAGUGAGAAGGUGAUCAAGGCGGUACUUGCUCAGAGACACGCCCAGGAAAUGGCUGACCUUGAAACCCAGUAUGCUGCUGAGAAACGUAUGAUGGUGAAUGAAGCUCUCAAUAAACUGAAUGCCAAGUAUGAUCCUAUACGUACAGAGAUGUCUAAACGUCACAACAAGGAUCUGUUUGAUUUACAGAAAGCCGGAUACAGUCCGGAGGAGCUUCAAGAGAAACGUGCUGAGUUGAUGAAACAACACGAGCAGGAAUUAGCCGAGCUUGAUCGUAAACAAGCCAGUGAGAAGAGUAGUGUAGAACAGGGAGCACUGGCUGACUGGGAACUCAGUUUUGCUAAGGCCAAGCUUGCACUUAAAGAAAGACAUUACAAGGAGUUUGCGGAUGCAUUGCGUGAGUUCACACCAAACAAGGAUGGUGCCAAAGAUGCUGAUCAGAUGGCAUCAGAUCUGGAACAGAUGAAACAGACAUUAGAGAAACAGAGGCUGGAACAGGAACAAAAAAUGAAGAAAGAACAUCAAGAAUUUGAGUCAGAAGAGCAGAAACACAUGGAGAAACAAAUGGCUGCCUAUGUACAACAACUAGAACGUGAAACAGAGGAAGAGAAAGCUAAAUUCGAGAAAACAUUUAAAGCCCUUGGCCAGAGAAGAGAUGAGAUUAUUAAAACACAAAAAGAAAAAGCUAUGGCCGAGGUUGAGAAGUUAAGGAGUCAAGGAGCUAGUGAGGAGAAACAACGAGAAUUACUAGAACAACACGAGCUUGACCUACAGAGACUUGUCAAUAGAAUUGAUUCUGAUCGUCUAAGGCAACAGAGCACAAUCCAACAACGUAUCCAGGAGAAGAAAGAGGAAAAGCUACGAAGGAAGCAGGCAGAAUUAAUCAACAACGCAGAAGAUAAUCGUCUUGAGCUUGACCUCCGUCAGCAGAACCAAGUACAGAGAAUGAAAGCUGAUGAGGCUCUUACAUUGAAUGAAGCCAUGAAUAUUGAUACAGCCCAGGCUCUAGCAGAUGGUCGGCCAUCUUCACCAGUAUCCCAGCAUUCCCUGGAAGAUGAUGAUGAGGAAGCACUUCCACCAUCUUACAAAAUGGCUGCCCCGAUUAAUGAGGCUGAUCUUGUUGCACUGUUAAUGGCUUCACCGCUGUAUCAGAAACUAGAGAGUAUAAAGUCACAGAUUGAGAGAGGAGCACACAAGGGUGAUCAGAAGGAUAAGACUGAAAGUGAUGGGUUCCAUGAUGCAAAGGAUUCCGAGUGGACGACAGAUUCUAAACUUGAACCAAUGGACUUGAACAAGCUUGAUGCUCGCAAGUUUAUCGUGUACAAGUUUGGUUGCUUUAUAUCAGAGCUGAUAUCAGCUCACUGUCAGCAUGCACCUGUCACACUGCUGAUUGCUGACAAGAUUCCACCCAACGAGAGAUUGCGCAAUAACCCAUACAGAAAUUCCUUCUUUUUCGAUGCCAAUAACAACAUACUGUAUGUACGUUCAGCAAGACUGGAGACAGUUGGAGAAUUUACAGUUGUUUUGGUGCACACGCUCGCUCACAUAAAAUCAGGUGAUUUGAGAAAUGACAGCAACCCCAACUUCCAGAAGGAGUACCACCGAGCUAUGGCAGUUGUUUGUGAUGAUUUGUUCUUUGCUCGUUUCCGACGCAACACAGCUGGUUCCAUUAAGAAUGAGCCAAGUGUAGAUGGCGCUGUUAAACUUCUACAACAGAUGUUUGGUAACUGUCAUACAGAAGACGAGAAGGUGAAGAUGGUAGAAGAUUUACUUGAUGUCAAGUUGUUACCGGCAACCAAUGUAGACGGUGUACAUUUCAACCCUGAGCGUCUUAGAGAAAGGUUGAAUGAAUACUCUAGUUUUACAAUGACGAACAAGCUUCACACAAUGCUAGGAAGUAUGGAGGAUAAAGUACAUCAGGCAAAAUCUCAGGGAACUUCUCACAAUGUUGACCGUUCACUUCUGAGAUUGAGUCAUAAGUUUGCACCAAGCAGUCAGACACCACUAAAUAGGAAACUUCCUCUGAGAUUUGUGACAUCUAACAUGACUGGUCAUGCUCUAUGGCAGACAUUUGCUAACCACGCCGAGGCAGGAGAUGCAGAAUUAGGCAGUCUACCAGAAAGUAAAUCUGCUGAAGACAGAUAUGAUGACCUGUGCGCUGAUUUUACUGAGGUCAACAAGUCCAUUCUAGAAACAAAAGGUAAAAUCCAACAACUAACUGAAGAUGUCACUGCACAAACUGAGCGAGUUGAGAGUUCAAAGGGCAAGAAAGGUCAACCAAAAAUGUCAACAUCAGAGAUAAUGUCCGGAGCAAGUGAGAGACUGACCGAGUUGAAGGCAGACCUUACCAAACUUGAAAUGGAGAAAACACAGAUAAUGGACAAAAUGGGAGAAUGUGAAAAAUAAGAAUUGUGAAAGCAAUGUUGACAAUUUGGACAAAUUAAUUUAUAAAAUGUGACAUUGGAAAAUUAUAUUUUUUUCACUAUGAAAAUAUAGGAAGCUUUAUCUGUGAUAUUAUGAAUAUAUAACAUGCCAGGAAAUGUGAUCAGUAUAUUUAUAGAAAUGAAAUAUGAAAACUGUGAAAAUAUUUAGACAAAUUUUGUUGUAACAGCUUUAAAACUUUUUUUUUAUUUUCUUUAUCACAGAUCAAUGAAAGUUUUUAACAGGUUUAAAAACAUUCAUUCUUGUUUAAGAAAUUAUUGAUUGUAUAUACAUGUAUUUAAAUACGUUUUAAUCUCCGAAUUUCAACAAAAUUAUGUCUAUAUAUAUUUGAAAUAAUAUAUUUUGGCUUCCUUAGAGAAAAUGAAUAAUCUGCAAUAAAAUUAUUUCAUUUUUAGGCUGUACUAAUAAUUCUAAGUAAACAUGGAAUAAAGAAACUACCCAUAUAUUCCACAAUAAUUUGAAGAGUAGAUAAAAAAUCAACCAGAUAUCAUUAACUUUACUUUCUUUUUAUGUUGUUGACAUCACACUGAUAUUUCAUCUUUUUUAUUGCUAAAAUUCUAUGCAAUUUUGUAGUAUGCCAUUUGAUAUAAAUGUACAUUUAACUAUAUUCAUUUAAAAGCUGCAGUAUAUUUUAUUACUAGCUGUUAUUUUAGGGCAAGAAAUACAGUUAGGAGUAACAUUGCUAGCAGCUAUUUGACACUGAUGCAUUAACAUUAUCAUACAUUACAUGUACAUAACUUCAUAUACGAUGAUUCUCGACCCGUCGGGAAGAAAGCAUUUUGCUGAUAUGUCUCAUUACUUACAUUUAUUUAUUUUAUAUUAUUGACAUAUUUUUCUCCCCUGUUCUUUUUCGUUUUGUUAAUGAUGAUAGUUGUCUUAUUGUAGAAUAUUUUUUCUGUCUAAUUUUUUUAUGAACAUUCCGUCCUUUCUCAGUGCAUGUUUUUUAUGAACGUUCCGUCCUUUUUCAUGUUGAGACUUUGAAUACAUUUUGAAAAUAAACUGUGAUAUUAUUAUACUUAUUAUCAUUAUUAUUAUAGGACAUAAAGCAUGUUUAAUGCUAUGAUAAUAGGCGCAUGUUUGAUGGCAAAAAUUGAUUAUUGACUGUAUUUGAUUGCAACACAAUUAUUGACUGUAUUUGAUUGCAACACAAUUAUUGACUGUAUUUGAUUGCAACACAAUUAUUUACAAUUGUUUGAUGUGCUUUAAGGAGGUUAAAAAUGUUUGCUGGAUCAAACGCCUCUAUAACAUUGUGUUGUUACAUAAAUAUUGUUUUCUUCAUGUAUCAUAAUAUUUUAAGUCAAUGAUCAACUUUUUAUGUAAUGUCGUGUUAAACAGACAAUCAGUUAUAGAGAGUAAAAAAAAAAUAAAAUAAAAUUUUGGUUGAAUACACUCGGGAUAUCUGUAAGAUCAAAAUAUUAGAACUUGUAAACCAUGUUGUCUAUAUUAAACACAGAAAUAAAUUUGGACAGGGUCAUGGGGGGAAUUGGGGCUCGGAUUUAUUUGGUUAUUAAAAUGUUGGCUGGCCCAUAAUUAUAUUUCCUUUUUCUAAGAUUGUCUGUUUGGCUGAGAUAUUUCAACAUCUAUGUUUAAUCGAGAUUUGUAAACUGCUGAAUUUUGAACAUUUUCAUUGGAUUCCGAAGUUCUUUGCUGAUUUUUAAUGUUUAUGCAAUUACAAACAACAAUUACAUGUACAUUUUUUUAUUAAUAUAGAUAUUUAUUUUUGUAAGAAAAAAAGUUAUAUUUUUACAUUAUACAUGUAUGUAUUUUGUUAUUUCAUUUCAUGGAAUACUGUCUGCCUUUGUUAGCAUUUAUGAUUUACAAAAGUCACUCUAGAAAUAAUGCAUUUAUAAAAUUUCUUUCAGAUCAGAAUUAAUGUGGCUAAUUUUUAUAUUGAAAUGACAAGUUUGUAACUAUUUUAAGUGACUUUUUUAUGAAAAAAUUAGGUAAUAUAAUAAAAUAGAUUCAUGCUAUUAAUAAAACUAAAAUUCUCUGUAGUUGAAUUAUCUGUCAUAUUUCUUUGUUCUGUAAAGUUAUUAAAAUUCUUUGACUGUUA